UUUUGUAGAUGAUGCUUGUUGAUGAACUCACGUCUGUUGCAAAGGCUGUAGCCGCAGAGAGGCAUCAUGGAAUCAGAGCCAGUGCUCUUCGAAUGAUAUGCUCAUUAGCCAUGAGAGAAGGUGACACACUGGACACUCAGAUAUUGCUUAGCCAGUUUGCUCAAGACUGCGACGCUCGAGUAAGGCAAGCAGCGCUAAGCAGCUUGUUACAGUUACAUACAAAGGGAUUUCAGCUGAGCGUUUUAGUGUAUGACAAUGCAUGUAAGUGUUUGAAAGACGACAACGAAGACGUUCGUUUGAAAGCUCUUCAGAUAGUUCAGAUAAUUGGAGUGACAUUUCCUGACAAGCUUGUGCCUCUACAAAACGACUCGUCAACCGAGAUACGUCUUGUUGAUGAUGCUUUUGUAAAAACUUGUGACAUGGUGAAUGAUUUGUCGAUGCAAGUGAGGGCUCAAGCAUCUAGGCAUCUGGGAUUAUUCAAAGGUGUUAAGUUUCAGUUUUUAGAGCAAACGUUGGAUAAGAAAUUGAUGUCUCAUCUCAAGAAAAAGAAGACAGAGCAUGAAAUGAGGAAGGAGAGACAUGCCACUGGAAAGUCUGCAGGUGGUUGGGAGUCUGGUCGACAGUGGGGUAGUAACUGGUCAAAGACUGAUCUGAAUCCUGAUGAGGUCAGUUUAAUGAAUCAAGGUGCAUGUGGGGCAUUUGUGCAUGGCCUGGAAGAUGAAUACUUAGAAGUACGGAUGGCAUCUCUUGAGGCUCUUUGCCAAUUGGGAAUUGAAUUUCCACAAUUUGCAGUGUUGUCAUUAGACUUUUUGGUGGACAUGUUUAAUGAUGAGAUAGAUACUGUUCGCCUUAAUGCAAUAGAAGUCUUGCGUCAUGUGAUUAGCUCUGUGGAACUUCGUGAGGAUCAGUUGGAGACAAUUCUUAGUGUUUUAUUGGAUUCCUCUUCUGAUAUUCGUGAGGCAAUUAGAAUGCUGCUGGGUAGCUGUUACAUGAACAGCAAACCAGCUCUUGACCUUACCAUUUCUUCACUGUUAUCGAAUCUGGCACGUUAUCCACAGGACAGGCUGCACAUUUGGAUGUGUAUGAAAGAAUUGGGCCAACAUCAUGGUAGUUUGGCUUUUGCUUUGCUGCCUCAACUACUCAACACUCAUCCAUACUUUUCAGCUAAAGAACCAGAUAUCGAAGAUCCAGCAUAUAUUGGAGUUCUCAUCUUGGUUUUUAACGCUGCACAUUGCUAUCCAACUAUUGGUCCACUAUUUCCACAGCACACCGUUCGACAUUACCCAUACCUUAGAGGUAGCCUGCCGGACUUGGUUCCCUGUCUCGAGCUAAAACCUUCUCAUGGAACUAUUGCGCCUGUGAUGUCUGCCAGUUCAGAUAGUGCACUCGAACUUAUUGCUGCAGUGGUGGACAAGGCGAGAAUGGUUUCGACAUGUGGAGAUCUCUCUAUGGUGCAAACUGUGCUAGAGAGUGCAGCAAGUGAAUUAAAGCAGUUGUCAGAAUUGUCUCGAUGUGUACAAGGUGUGGCAGAAUGCUCAUCAUUAUACGUGAGAUGCCAACUGCUCUUGUUGAAGGCAUUCAGACCAUGGCUGAAUUGGACAGACAGCUUACACUCCAAAACACAUAUGUCGUCAUCGUCUCUCCUGACGAGCAGUUACAGUGUACAAAUGUUGUUGGAAUUGUCUUAUACGAUGCAAUAUGGCUAUGGAGGACUUAGUGUUGCUGAGCAAGCAGCCAUCAUGGAGAUUCGUUUGCUAGCUCAUGUUUACCAGCUGCUCUCACACAGUCACAUACUGGUCAGUAGCAAGAACGAAAGCAGAUACCAACAGAUUCCAUUUUUGUUUGAUCGUCUUCAACUCUAUGAGAAACUCUGCAAAGACGGUGGGAUCGAUAUGAGCACCUCAGUUCGUCCGUUGGUAUUUGCGAAAGCUGUGUACUCUGGAAAAGAAGCCGGUAGCUUAUUGCAGAGUCUUCAACAAGCUUUAGAACGAGUAGCAAAAGAAUUUGUUGUUCAAACUCUUCAGUUUUCUCCACAUACGUGUGGAGCAUCAGCUGAAAUACUUAUUCCACAGAGAGAUUCUGAGAGGGUUGUUGAGUUUGUGUCAUCGCUUGCAAUGGCUAUUCCAGUCGAGGCUGUGAUUGACAAUGUGUCUGACAUGUCGCUAGUGUGCAUCCAGGUGGUGUUUCCAGAUGGUAAACAACAGACUUUUCAUCCGAAAUUGUCAGAAUUCAGAGCAUUGAGUGACACAAAGAGUCGCCUUCGUACUGCUGUUGUUUUGUCACACAGCAACUGGUCAGAGAAAUGCAAGAUACAAGUAUCUGUUGCAUUGAUGUAUGCUCCUGACUUGGAUGAAGCCGUGCUGUUCAAUAUGAGAGAACAGCAGUCGGAAGGAACGACUAAUAAAGCAUCUCUUUGGUCAUCUAAUUUUGCCUUUGUAGAGUUAUGCACUCCAGUUGCUGUACACGUUUUGCCAAAAGAGAAAUUGUAUCGAUAGAUGUAUUUAGACAGUCAGUGUUGUACCUACAUUUUCACCUACAAAUUCUAAAUUCAAGUUUGUUAAU